GAGUCGUCUUUGCGGCGGGUUGUGUGUUUCUCUCUCUGUCGGGGAUGAUGUUGUGAUCGGAGCGGAAUCGUUUUGGCUGGGAGAGGUGUCGUGAUUCGGUUCCUCGCCGUGAACGACGUUUCUUCCAGUUCACCCCCCCCCCCCAUCCCCCGCGUUGCAGCUGAGGAGCCGCAAGGAAUCGGUUUGUUGAGUCGGAGAUUGCACCUAGAACACAAAGGAGGAAGUAAUGAAAGCCAUUAACAAGAUGGAUCUCGCUGAUUUUAAAGGAAUUAAGACUAAGGUUCGGCCAUCCAAGACACAAUCUGUCUGCGGUGUGGUGGAAAAGUUUCCACCCCUUGGAAGAUCAAGCCACCAGGAAGCAGAAUGCUCCAGGGCACCAUGUGAUUCCCUAGAUAGGUACGGCCAUCAAAAGUCACUCUACACUCGUUCCCGCCCAGACGGUGUUACCCAGCAAUCUGUCGAUUACCGCGAGUAUGUUCCGCCCAGCCUUCUUCUUGGGUCUCAAUCUGCCCAUCGUAUGCGUGGGGGCGAUCGGCUCCAGUAUCCGGUCCCUCCGAGCCUCUCAAAGAACAAAUCCCUGUACCACCGCUUCCGCCUGCCUCCGGCCCCUGCGCCAAAGCUGGAACACCGAAAACUCUCAAAGAGGAAGAUGCCUCUGGAGGAUAAGCCUGCCUUCGCCAAAAGGUCCCGUCCCUCACUUAUCAAUACACCUGCCCAAGGCCAGAGCCUCCACUUAAAUACCUCUGAGCUGGGAGAAAGUUCCCAACCCAAACGGUUAGGUGCUCCCAUCCUGGGAGGGAGGUUUCAAUCCGGUCUGUUAAACACCCCUGCCUUUGCAGAGAGUAACCGAUCCAGCCUGUUAAAUUCCCUCGCCUUGGGAAUGCGGGGCCAACCCAGAGUUAAUGCAGCCGUGCUUAAAGAGAGUCCUCAACCUGGCCUGUUGAACACCCCCACCUUGGGAGAAAGCGCUCAAUCUAAAUUAUUAAAUACCCUCAUUAAGGGAAUGCGUGCCCAAUCUAGUCAGUCGAGUGCCCCUACCAGGGAUCAGAGCCAACGAGCUGGUCUGUUGAGAUCCCCCUCACCAAGGAAGAGUGCUGAAUCUGGCUUGUUGAAUGAUCCCUUGCUGAGGAGGAGUGCUGAAUUUGGCCUGUUAGAUGCUCCUGCCCCGAGAGAGAGUGCUGAAUCUGGCCCGCUAAAUAGCCCCAGCCUCAGAAAGAAGGCAAAAUCCGGCCUGCGAAACGCCCCCACCCUGAGAGAGAUUGUCCGAUCGGGCCUCUCAAACGCCCCUGCCCUGGGGGAGAGUGCUGAACCCAGUCUGAGGCACGUGUCCUCUCUGUCUGCCUCCGCCCAUCCAAAGGCGAACCUGAAAAAGCACUUGCUCAGUCUUGCUCCACGUCAUUUUGCAUCUCCCAAGUGAUGUCCGUUUCUGCACCUCUGUGGUGUCAAACUAAUCCCAGCCAGCAGUCUCUUCAGAGAUACGUGCCGAGUUUCUGCUGUAAUUGCAUCACAUCCUGAAUUGUUAACAUUUAUUGUAGACUGCAAAGAAACUUAUUCUGGUCAGAAGUAUAGAUACAGUUUUAGUCCACACCUACUCCCCUGCCUCCCACAUGUCUGCCAGCAACAUCUGGACCUUCUGUUGGCACCUUCCUUUCUUGCUCAUUUCUGGUCCCUCUGCCCUAACAUUCGUCAUUGGCUACAGCCCUUUUCUAGACUUCAGCAGAGCAAAGCACUGCCUCGCUGUCUCGGCAUGGCUCAUCGGUGUGGACUUGUUGGGCCGAAGGGCCUGUUUCCACACUGUAGGGAUUUAAAACAAAAAGUCCUGUGACAAGGAGUGUCCCUGUUCUGACAUGAAGGCAGUGGAUGUGUACAACUGCUUCCCUGCACAUCUCCUCUGAUAUUCUUCAGUGAGCUACCUUCCCCCACAUCACUGCAUUGCAUUUUUGGCUCGAUCUUAAAUUCUGCAUACCUUCCAGCACCACCACCUACCUACUUACAGCAAGGUGACAUUUAUAUAGUGCAGUUACAACACCAAACCGAUGUUGUCCCAGUUAUUCAAUUGUGCGUAAAUGCUUUGUGUGCUUAAUUGGAUGUAGCAGAGCUUGCAUUUAAAGAAAGGGUAUCCUUGUCAUCCUAAUCAGCAGUGGCUAUUAGUAAUGGGUUCCCUUUCUGAAAGCAGGAACAAUGCGCAAAAUUUGUACGAAAGCGAAAGAUGAAUCAAAUUACAUCAAGCCCCGUUCACCAUAUAAACUGUACUGCCUCUAGUACAAUGAUCCCAUCCAUUUCUGCUGGCUUCCUCCACAAUUCUGAAAACUCAAGCGGCCAGGAAUGACACCACCCCUCAGCCAGCACCCCCACAUCCCCGUUUUUCCAGCAAAGUUGUAUUAAUAAUCCUCUAUUAUUUUGAGGCAUGCAGGUCAAAAUACUAAUUAGGAUUAUUGCUUAUGCUUGUGAGUUGUUGCUGUUUGUUACAGGCAUGCAAUCAUUUUGAAGUGAGCUGUGGUUAGUAGCUGGAACCAAAAUUUGUUCACAUUUCAAUCUGCAAUUCUGACUCCGACUGACUUGCAUCUGAAUUGACUCAACAAUGUUAGGCUUAAGCAGAUUUCUUCCCAUUUUUACCUAUAGAAGAGUGAAUUCUGCAUCACAUGGUCUAAUGCUCCUGAUUUGAUUUGUUUGAACAAUGACGUUGAAUAUUUGUUAAGUAUCUGUUCUGUUCUGAUCCCAACUGAUGUUAGUAUUGGACAAGUCGUAUCCCAGAUAGAGACAAAUCUCGUUUUGUUAAACAUCUUUUUUCUGUCGUUGAACACAUUCACAAGAAUACUGCUUUUAACACAAUAUAACAAGGGCUACGUUACACUAGAUAAGAUUUAACUGCAGACAUCAGAAAAACGUUCCAAAUCGCAGUCCCCCUUUUAUCGGAAUAAUAUCCUUACACGCCCAAAUCUCACCGAAGAGUCAUCACCAUCUUCAUUCUAAAACAUCUUAGUCAGACUGGCUCAGUUGCAACAGAUUUCCUUUUGGAAAAUUUCUAGAGACUACUUUUCUUCAGUUGGUACUCCCAAAGAAACCUAAAACAAACUGCAAGCUAAACUUGCUAUUACUUUAACUUCAGGGGAAAUACAAGUUCCCGAAAGUCACUUUCCAAAAUUUCUUACCCGGGGCGGAGAGUUUAAUAUAUUUACCCAUCCAUAGCCAAACACCUAACACUGCUUUCUGGAUUGUUCUUCUCUGUGUAUGUGCCUAGACCCAGUAGGCAACAGCACAGCUUCUUUCUUCUGCCAUUUUAUAAUGUAUUGUACUAUUAACCCCUUCCUCUGCUUUAAGGUUAGAAAUCCUCAUUAAAUACAUCUAAGUGACCAUAUACAAAACAAAUCUACGGAACAAAACUAAAAUCCAUCGCCAUCCUCCACUUCUUAACACACAAAAUGUAAAAUAUAAUAUAAAUUUAACUUAAAUAAUGCAUUGUUCUUGACGACACCUGUCAAAACAAAAAUGGAAAGCUAUCUGUAAGAGACAUUUUCAUUUUCUAUUUGUGUCAUCGUUAUUUCUAUUACACUUCUCCAGUUUUUACUCUCGCAAUAACAAUGCAUUUACUUCAAAUAUACAAGGACUCUUCAUAAAAAAUCACAUUCUGCACAAGUCUAUUUUGACUCCUCCAUUUUGUUUUCCUCCA